AUGAACGAAGCGAGGGGGCGACGGGACCGUUCUGAAGACUACCAGACCCUGCUCUUCCAUCAUACCACUCGAGCGGCUGGCGGAAGAGACGAAGCGACUGGCGACCAACUCGCAACGGCUGGCUGA